UACUGUCCUUGGAAACUUCUAUCCGUGGGUCUGGUCUGAAUUGUAUUUGGCAGCAUGGAUGAAUCGCGACUGCAUCAUCAUCAUCAUCGUCAUCAUGCUUGACAAAACAACAUCUCCCAUCUCCAUUUGCAUGCCAAUUUAGAAUUUGGAAAUUUCUUUAUAUGCAGUAGCUACCUUGAAAUUGGCUUAUCUCCCUUCACUCUAGCUUAAACCCUCUUUCUUUAAGCAUUCUGAUUCAUCUCUCUUGAUUCUCGGAUCUUCGUAUUACUUUUGAACUGAUUCUCUCCCUCUCUCUACCUCCGUUACCUAUUUGGUUGCGGGAUUAACCAGAAUCGAAACAACAUGAGCAUACCAUCAAGGGACUAAUCGUUGAAAACCGGACCAAAAAUGACCAUGGACCGAACUUCGCCACCAGAAACCCCUUCCAGAGACCCCAAACCUCUCAUAGUCCUUUCUAUCGAGUGCCUCAAAGGUAGCUCCAAAGCCGACGAAUGGACCGGUGACAUGCUCCAGACCGGCGAUAUAGUUGAAGAAAUCAGGAUAGGGUCAGGUUCGUCUUCAGGAACCAGGUCGUCUCAAUCGUUUAAGGCUCCGUUCAAGAACGGAAAGAGCGGGAUCCAAAAGAUUCUUCACGCCUCAUUUAAGAAUAAAGAGACUUCUAUUCUCGUUCGAGUUAGGCGAGGCCGGGACGAGUUCGCCGAGUUGCAGGCGUGCAUCGUGCCUGAGUCGGGGUCUAAAAAGCAGUACAUUUUAAGGUCUAUUACGGAUCCGAAUUAUGCAGUCGGGUUCUCAGAUCGAUCCGAGGCGGACUGCUUCGAAUUGCAAGAUUCAAGAAGCUCAAGAAUUGCUAGUGCACUAUCCAGGGCUACACUUCAAGAUGGAUAUGUCUCGUAUCCAUGGAUGAGGAGGAUGCAGGAGGUGCUACCUAUUCCCAAUUCAAGCUGCUUUCUUUCUAUACUUUUCCUUCCUAAAGUUUCAGAUCGAGUUGCUUCCCGGUACAAUGACCUGGAUGACACUCUUGCAAGGGCAAAUACAUGGCUGUAUGCAUCUCAGGCCUCUGGGGUCCCUACUGUUUUCAUGAAUAUUCAGACAGAGUCCCUGCUUACAAAGAUAUCUGGAGAGACAGCAUCUUCUACCGUGAAUACUGGGUCAUUAUCUGAUUUGUCUAAUAUAGCACAUGUAAGCUUGUAUGGUUUUGAGGAUUACCAUGGGGUUGAUAUUGGUGUCGUUAGGGCAGUCCGUCUCUGGUAUGCACCUCUAUGCGGAGAGUUUGCAAUAGAGAUGAAAAUAAAAGAAGGUGAUUCAAAGCUUGGGUUUGCUAUUAGUCGCACAGAAGAGGGAUUUAUCUACAUUUCAUCAGUUAUUGAUGGUAAUGAAAAUGUACCCUCAACAAGGUCAGGGCUCAACAAUCUGUACAAAGAAGCUAAGAGUGCAUCAAGAUUGCUGGUUGUUUCCAGAGUGUCAAACCAGAAGGUCCUUCCUUGGAUGGUUUCUUCAACAGGAGCAAUACGUUGUUAUGAUACUGUUUCGCUAAGCCAAAAACUUUCGCUCCAUCGGCAUGCCAAGACGCCUAUACUGAUUCAUGUUUUCUUAUGGGACCGAACAUUGGCUACUCCAAGUACAGGCAGUGCUAGGCUUAGGUCUAUCUCCCCUCCCAUCAUGUCAUUGCCACCUGAAAUUCAAUUGGCACGCCAUCCUAGUGAGAAUCAAAUACUUCCUAUGCCACCUGAAGUCCUUGAUGAGGGUGGAGUGAUUAGGGAUGUGCCAGAGAUUAGGCUUGAGCGUGACACGGCUGGAGAAGUCUCCUUCAGAUUCCAUGAUUUUUCACUUCCAAACAACUGGGUGUGAGUAUGACUAAUUCUUCAUUAUGCUUCCUCGUCAAUUGAUCAUUGUACAUACGGAAAUUUCAAGAUCACACGAGCUUGGAUCAAAGAUGGCUUAAUUUAGAAAAUUAGGAAUAAGAUCCUAGAAUUAUUCGAACUAUAGAGUGCAAAACCAAUACCUCGAUGUCAAUCAUCACCUUGUACCUGUUAUGUCAUUUUCUAUAUAAUUGAAGAGUUUACUCAUGUUUCUCUUUUCAAUGAUAAUUUAACAUUUUGUAAA